UAAACACAAGACGAUGAAUUCCGCUCAUGAAAUGUCUUUUUUUUAGCACAAUGUGGGCAUCAAUGAAAGAUGAGGACAAAUUGUCCAUCCGUCCAUCUGGAGCUUCUGGUUUUCGUUUUUUUUUCUCCUAAAGUGACUUGUCGGCAAAGCCAAGGCCGGCAAAAAGCGUCAAAGUAGUUUUGUAUGGGCCUGCUGUGUCAUUGUGGCGCCCGGCCGGGGCGGGCCGGGCUAAAUUGCCAAUAGUGUUUUCUUUGCUUUGCUAAUUAUUAAUUAGCCAGCUCCAUGCAUAUGUGUUUAUUCCUAAUUGCAUUUGAUGGAUGAGUGGCAGCUCUGACACCUCAUUAGAGCAGAUUAAUGGAACGACACAAUAUUUAUGUGCGGCGCAAUGACCAGUUAUCCCGCCUGCCAUCUAUCAGCGGGAUGAUCUCGCUGAUUGAAAACCGCUGGUCCGUGUAAUCCUAAUUAUUUGGAAUUAGAAGGGAAUUUAUAGCUUCUCGCGCCGUUUUCCGCCGUGACGGCAAAUUGGAAACAUUAAAUGCAUAACGAGGGGGAAAAUGAGGGGAAGACAAUCACGGAAUUAAUGUGGAUGACUGUCGGGGAAAAAGACGGAUGGGGGGGGGGCGUCCAACCGACAGGUGUGCCAGACAUUUGCUAUUGAUGACUUUGAUCCUUGCGUGGAUUUGUUGAAAUGAAGAUUAUUUCCCCAAAAUGUUCAACCCUGGAUUCUUCCCAUUUCCAUUUUCUUCUUUGGAAAAUGUUAUCUGAAUGUGUCUUUUAUUUUUCUGGGGCUUUUCCUGCAGUUGUUUGCGUGGAGAAUGCCCAGAGGAUUUUCCUCAUUGAACUGGCAUAUCCCAUCUUGCUCCGCCGCCAAACAUUCCCAACCUCAUAUUUGCCCUUUUUUAUUUAUUUUUUUUUAUUUCUUUAUUUAUUUACAAUGAUUGUUAUUUUGGAAAAAAAAAAAAAAGUUUGCGCGCUCGCUCCAAGAGCAUUAGCAAGUGAACUCGCUAUAACCCUCCUCCAACUCCGGCAAAGCUUUUUGCCCUCGUGGGACGAGCGCGCGCUAAAAUCCGCCGCUUGAGCUCACAGAGAAGCAACCAGGCCCAGAAGAGUCGGUCGGGCUUUUGCUAGCCUACAAUAGCGCAAAAGCCUGCAGGAACAGGAAGGGCCUCCUUUCCCAGGUACUGAGAACUUCCUAAGGCCCACCAUUUCUGACUUUGUAUUUGCCUCCCAACUUUUUUAACACCAUUAGCCGCCGCCUCCCUCGAUUGAGCCGAGCCGUCGGAGUUUUGUUGACAAUCUGUCCCGAUGUUAGCUUAGCGAGCUACGUCCGGGAUCAUGGCGCAGAGUCGCUCUUGGAAGCGCGUGGCCACUUUGGCAAUCUGCUGACCGAAUUGGCUGAGCAGCCCGGAGAGCAAAGGUGUUCCUCGAAGCCGUCCUCCGAUGACACCGUCCGCUUAAAAAUAGCACAAGCGGGAUGGAGGUUUAAUCCCCCCCGCCCCCGAAUGGAGCGCAAGGCCGACAUUUAGCCGCAACAACGGUUGGAAUACAAGAUUACGGCAGGCCUCUCCUGGCGGCAGCCGUUUAUUUUUAUCCCCUUAAAGGCUGCCAAAAUUAGCCCGGCCAAAAACGCUGAGCGUGAAAUAUGAAAGGUUCCCGCCGCUUCUGGUAAGCAGUCUGCCUGGCGGAGCAAUGUGACUGCUGCGCUUGCGAUACGCCGACAGGGGUCGGUCGACCUGCUCGUCACGCUCACGUUUGACCCCGGCAAUGUCAAAAGUCGAUUUUUCAUUCAAACUCCGACAGAGAGAAGGAGAUUGCUAUCUGGGUGUCCUUGUUCAUCUUCUCCGGAGUUUGCGAGCUAAGGUGUCAUUGCUAGCCUCCAAAGAGAAACGUGCACGUCCUUUUCCGUCUUUCAUGGCGGGAUGGGGACGAGAUGAGAGGAACCUUUUCCCCCAUUUCAGUGCCACAAAGUUUUGUACUCGCGAGUGGAGCUGAUCAUUGAAGAGCUCCUGGUAGCCUGCGGGCUAAUUGUGGAAUUGUGGCGCCCAUUCACACUUUCAUCUUCUGCUUCUUUCAUCCAACUUUGGCCGCGCGUCUUCCCGUUGCGUUCGGCCAUGACGAAUGAUCUCGACUCGGGCUCGUGUUGAAGGUGGGAAUGAAUUUGAGAUGAAGGUAUCGAUCCGCCUUACGAAGCACAAUGUCACGGCUGCGCUUUCCGUUUCGGGGUGACUCCGUCAUGGAGAUGACAAUUGCCAUGGUGUAAUGGAGACAUCUCAAGUGUAAUCCCCAAAAAUGUUUUUGUAAUGUCUGACAGCCAGCAGGGCCCAUUUUUUGCCGGCCCGUCUUAUUGAUCAGCCCACUUUUGCUGACCUUCGUUGGCCUCGAGCCAAAGGGCAAAGUCGACGACGCUCUUGUCAAAACACGUUGUUGCCGUCCGUCCGUCCUUUGGAACAAAGCAAUUUCAUCAAAACAGCAGCAGUUUCUUACCCAAAAUGUAGAGACAAUUAGUGCCUUUGGAUCCCAAGCAGGCCGGUGAGCUGCUUAGCGCUUGCAAAUCUGUUUGGCUUCAAUACAGACGUAAUGAUUGGAUUAGUCUUUCUUGCUUUGGCCAUGGCUCAAUAGAUUUCCUGUCAGAUGCCACACAAAAAAAAAACAACCAAAGAAAAUCCAUGAAAUGAGCGGAACCAGCGUUGUCCUCUUGAAAAUGACCCGAAAUGUUAAAUUUCCACUGCGGCGAUGGAGCCAUCGAACUACUUGUCAGUUUUUUUUCUUUCCAUUAGAAAUAUCAGCAUAUCGCCUCUAUUGAUUACGUCUGGAUGUCUUAAUCAGAUCAGCAGAACGUCCCACCGCCGGAAAGUACAUUCAUGCCAAAAUAUUGAUCAGGAAUUUAAUUGAAUGCGCCGCUCAGUUUAUUAAUCGGCCCCCUGCUUGUCUUUCUUUCUUUUGGCCUCCCGUGACGCUCAUCCAAAGUGACAGCUAAAGAAAAUGUAGAAUUUGUGUUAGUUUAAAAAAAAAAAGAAUAAUAAGGAGGUUGCUUUGUCCCUGAGGCUUCGGAGCUUUGAUCGCUAACGAGCGCAUGAUGGCUUUUGUAUUGAUCGCGGGGGGAAAAUGUGGGUUGAUGGUGAAUUGGAAUGGGGGGGGGUGGGACAAGAUACUGUAUAAUAUAUAUAUUUUUUUUUCCCACCCCCUGCUUACUUAGUAGUGUGAUUGGUGGGCCGGUGUGGGAAGCAGCUGCGGCUGCUUCAAAAGCAAAGCCGGACGCGAUGAAAGCGCAACAGGAACCCUUUAGCCAGGUGGAAGCCGGCGUUGAGCCCGUAAAGCGCCGUAAACAGUCCGUUUCCAUCAGACGUGCCUCUCGCUGGCUCGCUUGCUCGCUCGCUGGUGUCAACACCUCGUUCCCCAAUAUCGGGUCUCUCACACAACUGGUGUUCCACUCCAGUCAUGUAGGGGGCAGUCUUGUGCCAAUUAGCACACCCCAUGUUUACAUACGCACCUCCAUGACAUCUUGAAAUAGGAUGUAAAGAAUUGUUUUGCUUCAUUCUUGGUGCUGCACCUUGUGGUGUGUGCACCUUGGCCACCAGGGGGCAGUAUAAUAAAGACAUAAUGUAUCAAUUGGAAGUCGCAGCACCUCAGUAAGCUGCAGUAAAGUCACCGAGGAUAAAGAAUAUAUGCCUAUGAGCGAGUUGACCUAUCGUGCUUUUCAUUUGACGGCAAGAAAUUGUUGUCGUCCAAAGAACGUAAAAUAAAAAUCUCACAGGAUUGAAGACAAAAAAUGUGUCUCUGGAACGAUUGGACCUCCUUUCUCAUUGGCCCGCCCUGGACCAGCCGCUGCAGAGUGUGAUCCAAUCGGGGCUGCGCCGUCCUUAGCCAAGCACGCCCCUCGGCGCUUAAAGCACCCCCGCGUCAGCAAUGGAGACUCGCUCUCGCUCUCUCGCUCUGUCUCACUGCAGCUGCGUGGCUUCGUUCCUCCGCCUCUUCAUCCCUCGCUUCUCGCGCUCCGCUUCCCCCCCGAGUAGCCUUGGAGGAGUUUGUCGCAGGGAGGGAGACGAACAUCCCGGCGACAUCCUGACAUGAUGCAGAGACUUGGGAACUGAUCUUCUUUUUGGAAGGGGGGGGCGUGUGUGUUUUUUUUUUUUUUUUUUCUUCUUCUUCUUUUUAGUCCUGUCCUCCUGCAACAUCAGGAAUGCUUCACGCGGACUGAUGGACGUUUCUGAAGUGUGCAUCCCCGACCCGCUCUGCUACCAUAACCAGCUGCUGAGUAGAAUGCCCUCGGAGGAGCGGCGCCUGUCCUCCAGUUGCGGUUCUUACGUGAAAACGGAGCCAUCCAGCCCGUCGUCGUCUCUGGUGGACACGGGCAGCCGCCACAGUCCCAGCGGCAACUCGGACGCCAGCGGCGGCUACGUCAACGCGGGGCGGGGUUGCCACCUUCUGGACUCGCCGCCCAUGUUCAACCCGGGCGUGCACGGCAUGGGGGUCGGGGGCGCAGCCUGUCUGCGGCGCUACGACGACUGCUCCGGGGGCCUGGCGGACGAGUCGGCCAUCAAGUGCGAGUACAUGCUCAACGCCAUCCCCAAGCGGCUGUGCCUGGUGUGCGGCGACGUGGCCUCGGGCUACCACUACGGCGUGGCCUCCUGCGAGGCCUGCAAAGCCUUCUUCAAAAGGACCAUACAAGGCAAUAUCGAGUACAGCUGCCCGGCCACCAACGAGUGCGAGAUCACCAAACGGAGACGCAAGUCGUGCCAAGCGUGUCGCUUCAUGAAGUGUCUCAAAGUGGGCAUGUUGAAGGAAGGCGUCCGCUUGGACCGGGUGAGAGGGGGUCGGCAGAAAUACAAACGGAGAAUGGACGCCGAGAACGGCGGCUACCUCACCAUCCCGCCCCCGGCCAAAAAGCCCCUGACAAAGAUCGUGUCGCAUCUGUUGGUGGUGGAGCCCGAGAAAAUCUACGCCAUGCCCGACCCCAGCGUGCCCGACGGCGACAUCAAGGCCUUGACCACCUUGUGCGACCUGGCCGAUCGCGAGCUUGUGGUCAUCAUCGGCUGGGCCAAGCAUAUCCCAGGCUUCUCUAGCCUGUCGCUGGGCGAUCAGAUGAGCCUCCUGCAGAGCGCCUGGAUGGAGAUCCUGGUGCUGAGCAUCGUCUUCCGCUCGCUGGCCUGCGACGAGGAGCUGGUCUACGCCGAGGACUACGCGGUGGACGAGGAACGGGCCAGGAGCUCGGGCCUGCUGGACCUGCACGUGGCCAUCCUGCCCCUGGUGCGGCGCUUCAAGAAGCUGCGCGUGGACAAGGAGGAGUUUGUCACGCUCAAGGCCAUCGCGCUGGCCAACUCGGACUCCAUGCACAUCGAGAAUCUGGAGGCUGUGCAGAGGCUGCAGGAUUCCCUCCACGAGGCCCUGCAGGACUUUGAGGGCUGCCAGCACCCGGAGGACCCCCGGCGGGCGGGCAAGCUGCUCAUGACGCUGCCCCUCCUGCGGCAGACGGCCACCAAGGCCGUGCAGCACUUCUACAGCGUCAAGAUGCAGGGCAAGGUGCCCAUGCACAAACUCUUCCUGGAAAUGCUGGAGGCAAAGGCUUGACAGCGGGCGGGCGGGGCCGGGCCGGGCGAGGCGGGGCCUACGCUUUUGACGGACAGCUGCCAACAGGUGGCGGGACAGCGCAUGACUAUAUUGUGCCAACGGGAAAAAGCUUGACGAGCGAAUAUCAACACGGUGCGGGAUUAUUACGAUUCAUAUAUGUGUAAAAAUUGUACAGAAAUGAGGCAAGUGCGGUCGGUCUUGCUAGCAUCUCAAGCUUCACCUUCAAAGCUGCCCUCAAAAUGUCCUGACCGUGCAGCUGCGGAGCCAUUUUGUCUUUCGGUUCUUUGCUUUUCCAUUUUGUCUGGGUGGGAAUUGCGCUGCGGCACCGCCACGUGAUUGCUUGACGGAUUCCUUUGGGAAAGGCUUCACUUUUUUUGUCAUGUUCCAAAAGGAAGUCCGCCACUUCAAUUCUACACACGGCACUCCGCAACGACGCAGCGAGCAGUCAACUGCUUUACUAAAGUCAAAGAGAAAAAAAAUUUGCGUGCAAUUGUGUGAGUUUUUAUUUUAUUUUUAAUAUUCAAAACAAAAUGGUGUCAUUGUGCAGUGUUGUGUGUAGAAUUUUGAAAACGUUUUUCGGGGGAAUUUUGGUUGUAACCCAGAAUGUGGAAAAUAGUGAGCGGAGAUGUGCAAUAAUGUACCGUGUCAAACCCAACUUUUUUUUUUUUUUUUUUUCUUCCAUCCAAUCUACUGAUACCCUGUUUAAUGUGACCAGAUAGCUCUGCAAUAAACACGCCUCCCGUGUUCUGAUGUCA